AUGUCAACAACAUUUGUUUAUACCGUACUAAUCAAUGAUAAAGUACAAUUACCAUGUGAUAUACAACCACCAACAAUGGAUGAUCAAAUUGUUUUGGUUCUUUGGUAUAAAGAUGAUGAGCUGGCACCAAUACUUACGUUGGAUGUUCGUAAAAUACAUGGUAGACCAGCACAUUUAUCAAUCGAUCCAGUCGCUGCAUCCGAUGAAGGUGAUUAUCGUUGUCGUGUUGAUUUUCGUAAAGCACGUACAAUUAAUACAGUGAUUUCAUUAAAAGUGAUAAUUCCACCACAAGUGCCAAAAAUUACUGAUCAAGAUGGAAAUUAUUUAACCGGUUUAGUUGGUCCAUAUAAUGAAGGUGAUGAAUUAACAUUAACUUGCCUUACAAAAGGUGGAAAACCACGACCAUCAUUAAUAUGGUGGAGAGAUUAUGCAAUCAUUGAUGAUUCAUUUGAAUUUGAUGAUCGUGACGUGACUACAAACGAAUUGGUCAUUCAACGUUUAUCAAGACAUCAUUUGUUAGCAAUAUUAAUGUGUCAAGCAAUCAAUUCUAAUCUAACAUCAACAAUAACAACAUCAUCAUCAUCAUCAUCAUCGUCAACAACAGCAAUAUCAUCAUCAUCAUCAUCAUCAUCAUCAUCAACAGCAACGGCGACAUCGACAAUACAAACAUCCAAUUCAAUAACAUUGGAUCUAAAUUUAAAACCAAUCGAAAUAAGAAUAACACAACUAACACCAAUAUUAGUGGCCGGUAAUGAUGCAUUAUUUGAAUGUAAUACAUUUGGAUCCCGGCCAAUGCCAAUCAUAUAUUGGUUAUUUGAUGGUAAUCGUUAUGAUACAAGAAUUCAUGAUCCACCACAAAUGGAAUUAAAAUUAGGUGCACCAUCAUUAUCAUUGGAUUCAAUACAGGAAGGAAUCGAUAUUUAUUUUGAUUGUCAUAUUGAUUCAAAUCCAUUACCAACAACACCAAUCACUUGGUUAUUUAAUGGUGAACCAUUACAACCAGAGCCCG